AUGGCCACGGCCCUUAUCGGCGCUAAAGUCUGUGGAAAUGUCACUAGGCAAUCCAUUCGCUCUAUAUCGCGCGCAAUUGCAGCCAAGGCUCGUGUAGAAGCACCACAAGCCAAGCCAUCCCCAAAAUUCCCGUGCGUUGUUGCACAUGCUGAGAGAGAAUCUCGUCUUCAAGCUGGCUUGCGGCCUGCACCUGCAUUCUUGAGCCCAUCACCGACCCCGGCAAAUCCGUCCGCCUCUGGCCCUGAGCCUCCUUACGCUCGUCCCAAUCCUACUUCCUACAGGAUCUACCACCACUCCGAACCCUUCCCUCUCAUUUACUCAAGAACCCCUUUUCCUGAAUUCGAUAUUGCCUAUGAAACGUGGGGAGAGCUCAGCCCUGCGAAAGAUAAUGCCAUCCUGCUCCAUACGGGGUUAAGCGCCUCGUCCCAUGCUGCUUCUACGUCGCUCAACCCAGCAUCAGGUUGGUGGGAGAAGUUUGUCGGCCAGGGAAAAGCACUCGACACCGAUCAAUUCUUUGUGAUAUGCACAAAUGUUCUAGGGGGGUGUUAUGGCUCAACGGGUCCAUCGUCGAUAAACCCUCACUCUGCCGAAGACGGCGCACCAUAUGGGACGAACUUUCCGGUACUGAGCAUAUUCGAUAUCGCUCGGGCGCAGUUCCACCUUCUCGAUCAUUUCGGGAUCAAGAAACUCUAUGCCAGUGUGGGGUCAAGUAUGGGCGGGAUGACGAGUCUGGCCACGGCGUGGCUUCAUCCCGAUCGGGUAGGGAAGAUCGUUAGCAUCAGUGGUACGGCAAGGAGCAGUCCUAGCGCCAUUGCGAUGCGUUUCGCUCAGAGAAGUGUCCUGAUGGCCGACCCGAACUGGAAGAAUGGGUUCUAUUAUGACGAUUUACCGCCCCAUACGGGGAUGAAGCUCGCCCGACAAAUAGCCACAAUCACUUAUCGUUCCGGUCCGGAAUGGGAACAGCGAUUUGGGCGAAAGCUAAGGGAACUCCCCCCAGAUCAGCACCAUGAGCCAGGUCACCCGAGAACCCCAGCCUUAUGUUCUGACUUUCUAAUUGAAACAUACUUGGAUCACCAGGGCGAGCAAUUUUGCUUAAAAUACGACGCUAAUUCGUUGAUAUACAUAUCGAAGGCGAUGGAUCUUUUUGAUAUGACCCUUCCAGCCAUUCAAUCCCUCGGUCUCUCGCCACCCGCAACACCAUCCUCAUCAUCUCCCGGCUUGCCACCUCUACGAUCCCUGCAUACAUCUACACCCCCUCCACAUUUGUCGGAUCUUUCCGAGGGAUUAUCGCCGUUAUCGAAGACCCCGACGCUUAUUUUGGGAGUUCAGAGUGAUAUAUUGUUCCCGGUUGAGCAACAGCGAGAGCUCGCAGACGCGUUGAGAAUGGCUGGGAACGAUCGCGUUGUGUAUUAUGAGCUAGGUGGUGUGUGGGGUCAUGAUACGUUCCUCAUCGACGUUGCAAAUGUUGGUGGAGCCAUCCGGGGAUUCUUAUCAUUAAAUUCGUGA